AUGGCGCCAUCGAGGGCCACUGGAAAUGCGCCCAAAGCGCACACCUACGACUCUGGUUGUCGCCUGGCACCGUUAAAGAACCCCUUCACCGCUGCCGAACUCGAAGACAUACCACCUGUGAAGGCGCAGUUCUUCUACACCUCUGUGGUCCCCAUCGACGAUCCCCUCUCGACGUCCACAAUCGCCGCGAGCACUGAUGCCAACGCCGCCAAAGGCAUCACUCAGCCAUUUUCGGAAGGCGACAAUAAUGAGCUGGAAAAGGCGUGGCUCAGCCUGUCAACGGACGAGUUUCGACGGAAUCACGCGUUUGCCCGGCGGGAUCGGAGCCCGAGCCCCUCGCUGGCAAAGACCAACAGUAAGAGAUUGGAGGUCAUAAUUCAUGAACUUGCUCGGAAGCAUGUCGAAAUCCACGCCACGGAGCGAGCGCCACAAGAGUUCAUGGAGGCUGGCUUUGAUACCCAAGUGGACCAGGACGACUCCGAGGGUCGUUGCUGUGCGGAGCUUGUUGUCGAUGUGGGCAUAGCGCUGCGUACCUCUUUCUGUGCGCUGGCUAGAAGGCGACAGCCCGAGCUCGACCGGGACAGGGUUGCUCAGAGGGUGAUGAGCGAGAUCAAGAAACUUGGGGAGAGUCUGCUUGACCCGGACCAGCGCAGAGACUCCAGAAGAUCUAGCAGCCGUCCAUCGAGCAGGAGGGAGUCCCGAUCGCUUCCACAGCCAUUUCCAGUGGCUCAGGUAGCACCAAUAGACACCAGCGUCCCACCUUCGUCGCUCGCCAGGACCUCCGCCGCGGACGAUGGCCUGACGGGCAUGCCCUUUGUCCGCGUGGGGACGCCGGAGUCAACCAACUUCUCGCCGGCAUCCUCGUUGCCAAAAGCGACUGGCGCAAUUUUCUCGGAUAAGCAGAACGAUGAACAAGCUCGGAGAGGUCGUAUGCGGAGCAAUACUGCACAAAAACGAAAGACGUCGCGGGAAGCAUCUCGCAAAUUGCGUGCUUCAUCAACGAUAGCUGAGCAGAAGACGCACAGCCCAACAGCGAGCGUGCCGGUGGGAGUGUCUAGGUUGCAUGAGGUCUCGCUGCCAGCUCUGCAGAUGAAGCCAAUCUAUUGGUCACCCGUCAAUGAUAUUUCGGCCGUUCUGAGGGCGACGUGGUUCUAUAAGGAGGAUAUGCGGCCAGUCGAUACUGCUGUUGCGAAUCAGCUCGAGGCAGGAUACCGGGAGCUGAAGCCACACGCCCAGACGUGGCAGGAUGAGCUUCGCUCGGCGAUUGAUGUUGGCCCAGCUGGCGAAGAGAAAGUGUCACACCCGCUGUGGCCACCCACGCCAAAGGCGACCAGCAAGCAGCCCGCCAAGAUUCCUGAAGCUGCAAUCUCGCAUGACCCUUUCUGUGCUGCACGUUGUUUCCGAGGAGAGGCAGCCGCUGAAGGCACCCGGCUUGAGAACGCGCAUGAAGACUCGGCAGCAACGACGUCGACUCCGCGCAAGUUUGACCAGUAUCAUGUCAUCUACAAGGACGAGACUACCGCAUACCUCUUGAAGCCAAGCCUGAAGCCUUCAGCAUACUAUGGAAGACGACCAGUUGCAAAGAUCAUGAAAGGGUUUAGCGUUGGAGUCGCCGUUGUGCGGGGCUUCGAUGCCGAGGUCUGGGCAAAGAAGCACCAGAAGAAGCCAAAGCAACAGACAAGCACAGCUCCUAGCGUCUUCUCGCUCAGCCAGUCCCUCCGGGAGACAAGACAAGAGGGCUGUCUGGCCUGCCGAGCUGCAGAUGAACGAGGUCAAGUGACGGAUUUGGUUCUCGUCGCCCACGGAAUUGGGCAGAAAUUGGCAGAGAGAGUCGAAACGUACCAUUUCACACAUGCGAUCAAUGCCUUCCGCCGGGCUAUCAACAUCGAGCUAGGCAACGAGGAGAUCAAGAGUGUGCUGCGUGACGGGCAGAAUGGUAUCAUGGUGCUCCCAGUCAACUGGCGACAGAACUUGUCGUUUGAAGACGGGGGCCCCAUGACGGCAGAGGACAAGGAUGAGUACGCGCCAGAGAGCUUUGGCCUUAAGGAUAUCGAGCCCAAAACGAUCCCGGCUGUGCGCAGCAUGAUCUCAGAUGUCAUGUUUGACAUCCCCUUCUAUAUGUCGCACCAUAAGCCGAAGAUGGUCGCCGCGCUCGUGAACGAGGCGAACAGGGUUUAUCGACUGUGGUGUCGCAACAACCCUGGCUUCGCCAGGAACGGUCGCGUACACAUUAUUGCGCAUUCGCUGGGCAGUGUCAUGACUCUGGAGGUAUUGUCGAGACAACCCACCUCAGUCGCGAUGCUAGACCUCGAAAAGCCUGCAGAAGUGAACCACUUUGAGUUUGACACAAAGAAUCUCUUCUUUAUAGGCAGCCCCAGCGCGUUCUUCUUGCUUCUUGAGCGUGGCGCGCUGAUGCCGAGGAGGAACCGGAGGAAGCCAGGCGUCGACCCUGCUGAUGUACAGUCAGACGAGAUUGUGGGCGAGGCCGGCGCUUUUGGCUGCAUCGCCGUCGACAAUAUCUACAACGUCUUGGCUAGGGAGGACGCCGUGGCUUACCUACUCAACGGGACCGUCGAUCCUGUGUACGCAGCCAGUCUCAAGACCGCAUACGUCCCCAGCGCCACGACCGGCUUCUUCCAGUCUGUAGGUAAUGCCAUGUGGAGCAUGGUCCCAGGGAUGUCCUCUGCCUCAAAAGGCACCACGACAAAUCCUGCAGCCGACGAGGACCAGCGCCCGCCUCCGCUGCGCCUCCCCUCACAGCUCGAGCUCGAGGUGCACGAUUUCACGCGCGAGGAGAUGGCCGAGCAGAAGGCGUACCUGCUCAACGACAACGGGCAGAUUGACUACUUUCUCCGAUCCAGCGGCGGCCCUCUGGAGAUUCAAUAUCUGAACAUGCUGUCGGCGCACUCGAGCUACUGGUACAACACGGACCUGAUCCGGAUGCUGUGCAUGGAGAUUGGGCGCAAGCCGGGGAGGAAACAUACGCUGCCGGCGAUGCGGGCGGUCAAGAACGCGAAGAGGGUGCUAUGA